AUGAAAGAAGAGAUCAUCCCAUUCGUAAAAUUCACUCCACCGGAUUACCAACUGGAGGUCAUCCUCAACCAGUCUGAUGACUUAAGUUACAACAAAGAGGGAAAGACAACUUGUGUGUGCACUGUCACCACGCCGGGUGGAACUGCCCCUCCUAACCAACAGAACAGCGUGAAAGGGAAUUGCCCUACGGGAGUUACUUCUCCAUUUGGAGGAGAGACAAUUCACCCACGUCCAGCCAUAACGUGCAACACAGUGGCCACGGUGGGGGACCUCCCAAGGCAGACCCCCCUACGAGAGAAGAAUCUAACAAGUGGUAACAGAGGAAGAAUGGAUCCCCCAUUUGGUGAACCCCCCAUGAAGAAACAAACGCACCACGAAAGAGACUACUUCGAAAACCUAGCCAAUGCGCGAAGUGUCCUUUGGGCAAUACAAAUUGUACUUUUCCACCUUUCGGAGGAGCACCCGAACGGUUGUCUUGAAAAACGUUCGUGUAGGAGAUGCUUGUCAUCCCGACUGAAUGAACUAACCCUUACACAGCUAUCCCUCCUGCAUAGGGCGUAUGCUCUGUGUUGCUCCUACAUCAAUUCUUCCCUCAGUGCACAGAGGAGCUUGAACAACGGGAGGGUCGUUUCUUCGUCCAGGCUGCACAAACAGGUCCUGUCCAUCCUGGCGCAAAUGACUCCCCAAAGCGAAAUCAUAAGCGAGCACAUCCAUCACCCCUUCCAAAUUGACAUAUGCCUCAGGAGGAAGCCCUGCUAA